CAGUCCUUGGGCGCGCCCAGGCUGAACCGGCUACUAAGGAAGAUGUCGCUGCUGAACAGGUGUAUUCCGGUUUUUGUGGCUCUUCUCUUACUAUGUUCGCAAUGCAUAUGCCCUGUACGCGGAGCUAGAGCUCAGAAUGAUGAUGAUAUGAAAAACACAGUAUCGCCGACCGAAAUUGGAUCACGAAAUGACAUAAGCAUAUUCCUCAAAGACUUUGCUGCUACUGUAACAUCAGAAGACUUGAUCAAUCUACAAAAUGAUGCAAAUAGUGGAGAUGCUCACGCCCAUUUCGUCUUAGGAGCACUCCAGUUGUUUGGUUACGAAGAAGCAUUCCGCACGGCAAUUCCAUACAACCCAGUCUUAGCUCGUAUUCAUCUAGAAGCUGCUGCCCGGAAACACCAUCCGCUUGCUAUAUUCGUGCUGGCGUAUCAGCAUCACGCUGGCAUCCACUGUGCUCAGAACCAGUCGAAAGCACUUGAACUGUACCGAUACUUAGCAGACCAAGCACUACCCUUCGUGCAACCGCUUGGCCAUGAGGGAAACAGAGGCCACGAUCCCGAUCUGUAUCACUUGAAAAUGGUCCAGAAUGUUCAUCGUCUGAGAGACGUAGUUUAUGUUUGGGAGUAUGCAGCUACUCGAGGCUCUGAUCUUCCCUCCAAGUACAGCUUGGCUGAAUUGCACGAAACCGGUCUGAGAGAUAUACCUCAGGACUUGCCACAGGCACUGACUAUUUACCGUCAAAUUGUCGAUGAGUAUCUGCCAAGCAGCAUGAAAGUCAGCAAGGAGACGGCACAAACCGUGCAGUCCCGACGCUUCCGGGACUACGACGAUGAACAACGCAUGUACGUUGGCAGCACCGCCUUCCGUUUGGGCCGUCUUGCCUUGAUCGGUUUGGACGGUGGAGAUCCCGACUACGAACUGGCGUGGGCAUGGUUUACCAAGGGAAAACAAUUGAAGAAUUACGAGUGCAUUAGCGGUCUCGCAUACAUGCUUCUUCAUGGACUCGGGGUGACGAAGAACGAGGCUCUUGCCCGUGAGUAUCUGGAAUCUGCCGAAAAAGCUGUCCUUCGAUAUCUCCAAGCCAAAGAAACCUUUACCGUCGGCCACGUUGAAGCUGUCAAAAGAUUGGGUGCUAUUUCUGCUUACCGAGAACUUGGCAAAUUCGAAUAUGCAAACGGCAAACGGGAAAUGGCAUUGUCCCAUUUGCAAUCUGUUUAUAACGCUCAUGAUAUUGAAGCUGGCUACUAUCUUGCUCAUCUUUUUGAACAGAGUGACAUUAGUGUUUCCGUCAGGCUCUACAAAGAGUUUGCCGAGAUAAUGUUUCACUUAUUUGAUUUCAACAGCGACACGUUGUCGUCGCGUUUUGCUGCUGAAAUGGGUAAUCGAAACGCACAAGUUCAAGUUGCUCAGAAGUACGACCCCGAUGUCUCCCUCCUUCGCACACUUCCCGAACUUUACGAUGAAAACGCAGUCGCAAAUGAUGCCCGCUUGAAGACGGCAUUGCUUUUCUACUCUCGCGCAGCUGGUCAAUACCAUCGUGACUCCAUCGUCAAAGUUGGUGACUUUUAUCGUCAAGGAUUAGGCACACAAGUGGACGCCCAGACCGCCAUGACAUAUUACGAAGCAGCUCUGCAACUCGGGGAGUCUGCUUUUGUUCAUUGGCGACUUGGUUGGAUGCAUGAGAAGGGUCUUGGUGUACCUAAGGAUUUUGAAUUGGCCAAACGGCACUAUGAUCUUAUGCUGAAGAGCGACAAACGGGCAGAACUCAUGAGUACGUGGUCGUUGUUGCGUCUGUCUAUUUUGAAAAGUAGUUACGCAGAAUCAUACGAAAUGGUAUGUCGUCUAUUGAACAAUGCCUUCCGCCGGGUGCAAGAACGGAUUCAGGCACCGCUCUGCAACAUUAAAUUGCUCCCGGCGAAAGUCUGUUUUCUGCCUUCGUCGGUUCGAGCAUCUUCCAGCAAUUCCUCCCAAGAGUCUGUCACGACUGCCGGAGUCUCGACUUCGAGUCCUACCUUUACCACUACGGAAAAAAAGCAAGACAUGAAAGAGGACGAUAUCAUGUAUAACGGCUUUGACUACGUUGACCGUCGACUUGUCGAAACCAUAGUGGUGACAAUCAUUGUACUUAUUGUUGGUGGUUUUUUCACCCGUCAACAUUUACGGAAUCGUCAAAGACUGAGAGAAGACAGACUCGCUCGUCGUGCGAGACGUAACCAAGUUGCUGCGCAUUAAGCAGCAAUCAUUCUUUUAUCCUUAUAAACAGCUUGGCCAUUAAGCGAGCUGAAAUAUUUCCCAUCGCAGGAAGAAAUCCAUCGUUAGUGUGAAAGCUAACUAUAGUCGUCGUAAUGAACGCGAAGAGCUCUAAGGAAAAAGAGCCUUCUCGAUGAACAGUUCGUGUCUCGUUUAGAAAUUGUGAUGUAUGUAAACGAGUUACAAUCUUUUCCAGUUCUUUCAAUUCAUGUUUCCUUUUU